AGGAAAUGACGUCACCUCUCAGCGGAAGUGCAGAAUAGCCCAGGUUGUUUUCAAGCACUUUUUGUGUUGGUGUCCGUCACAGGAGCAAAGAUUAAAAUGCCGGAGCCAGCGGUAGAAAAUGUGGUCGUUCACCCUCUAGUGUUGCUCAGCGUGGUUGACCAUUUCAACAGAAUAGGGAAAGUCGGCAAUCAGAAACGAGUAGUGGGAGUUCUCUUGGGGUCGUGGCAGAAGAAGGUUCUUGACGUUUCGAACAGUUUUGCAGUACCAUUCGACGAAGAUGACAGGGACGACUCCGUGUGGUUCCUGGACCACGACUACUUGGAGAACAUGUACGGGAUGUUUAAGAAAGUCAAUGCAAGAGAAAGAAUCGUGGGAUGGUAUCACACAGGACCCAAGUUGCAUAAGAACGACAUCGCCAUCAAUGAGCUCAUCAAACAGUACUGUACCAAUUCAGUGUUAGUCAUUAUUGACGUGAAGCCCAAAGACCUCGGCCUUCCCACAGAAGCGUACAUCUCUGUUGAAGAAAUACACGAUGAUGGAACACCAACAUCCAAGACAUUUGAGCACGUCACCAGCGAGAUUGGAGCCGAGGAAGCAGAAGAAGUGGGAGUGGAGCACCUGCUCAGAGAUAUCAAGGACACGACUGUGGGAACGCUGUCGCAGCGCAUCACCAACCAAGUCCACGGUCUGAAAGGGCUUAACUCCAAGCUGCUGGAAAUCCGCUCUUACCUAGAAAGGGUGGCUGCCGGCAAGCUCCCCAUCAACCACCAGAUCAUCUACCAGCUGCAGGACGUCUUCAACCUCCUGCCCGACGUCAACUUGCUGGAGUUCACCAAGGCGUUCUACCUGAAGACCAACGACCAGAUGCUGGUGGUCUACCUGGCGUCACUCAUCCGCUCCGUGGUGGCCCUGCACAACUUGAUCAACAACAAGAUUUCCAACCGGGACGCCGAGAAGAAGGAAGGCCAGGAAAAAGAGGAGGGCAAGAAGGAGAAAAAAGACGACAAGGAGAAGAAAGAUGAUAAGGAGAAGGACAAAACGGACGGCGCCAAGAAAGACGAGAAGAAGAAAAAAUGAGCGGCUCUCGGGUUGAAUUGAGGACUCCGUUUGGGGAAACGUUAACUCCGAGACGCCCGUAUACGAGUAUAAAGACUGUUCUUGAUGAUGGUGUUGGCUUCUUUUGUGUUCAGAAAAUACAUGAAUAUGUUUAUUGUGUUUUCAUAGCUGCACCUGGCUGCCGUUGCUCUUUUUGUAAGAUGCAUUCACUUAUUAAAUUUGAAAAUCAUGUUAAAAUCUGUUUGGAUUUCUG